AUGAAGCUCCCCAAGCGUCGUCCCUCGUAUUGGGCAGAACAUUUCCCGCUUUCUCUCGCUCUCUCGUUCCCGCUCUCUGGGGUUUUGGUUCUUGUCUUGGAUUUGGGCUUCGAUUUGAUCGUGGUGGGAGAUAAGGGCGCGAAAGCUGAUGGGGAGACCAUCUCAGAAUGGAGCUCCAGCCUUCCGUUUUACUCCAAACGAGGUAAUGGAAAUGGAAUCAUGCCUGCGUGAUGCCAAUAAUGGGAUGCCUGCACGGGAGGUUCUAGUUAUGCUUGCAGAAAAAUUCAGUGCAUCGGCCGAGAGAUCUGGAAAGGUUGUUGUGCAAACAAAGCAGGUAUGGAAUUGGUUUCAAAAUAGGAGGUAUGCUCAGAGGGCUAGAUCAGCUAAGCCUCCUGCAAAAUUAUCAAUUUCACCUCUUCCAAGGGAUGAUUCCAUUUCAUCAAGGCAUGUGAUUCAUCCUGCUCCUGCUGCAGCAGGAAAACAUGUUUCUGAUGGCUCCCAAAUGGAGUUUGAAGCCAAGUCAGCUAGGGAUGGUGCAUGGUAUGAUGUUGCGAGCUUUGUUUCUCAUAGGAUGUUUGAGACUGGUGAUCCGGAGGUUUGUGUAAGGUUUACAGGGUUUGGUUCUGAAGAAGAUGAAUGGAUUAAUGUGAAGAAGCAUGUCAGGCAGCGCUCACUUCCAUGUGAGGCUGCUGAGUGUGUUGUUGUACUUCCAGGAGAUCUUAUACUCUGCUUCCAGGAAGGCAAAGAACAAGCUCUUUAUUUUGAUGCACAUGUUCUUGAUGUUCAAAGGAGGAGGCAUGAUGUGCGUGGAUGCCGUUGCAGGUUUCUUGUGCGCUAUGAUCAUGACCAGUCUGAGGAAAUAGUGCCUUUGAGAAAAAUUUGCCGUCGCCCAGAAACAGAUUAUAGGUUGCAACUGCUGCAUUCUUCCAAGAAUUUGCCAACGUCAGACCUGAAGGCUGCUAUUCAUCACAGUAAAGACUCUCCUUUUCUGAGCUCUUCAAGGGAAUAUCAUUCAAAUGUGCCAAAGCCCAAGAAGCAAGAUAAACUAGUGGACACUCUUGUAGAUGGGUCAGCAGCGGGUAGAGCAGAGAAAGAUUCAUCAGCUGCUGAUAAUUCUGCCCCAGUUGCUUCCGCUGAAAAGGAUUUAGUUGACUGUGAAGCGAGCGUCGAUGGUGAUAACAAAUUAACAGUUGAUGACCGUGAAAAAAGUUAGCAGCUGGUUCCCUUUUCUGCCACCUAUAAAAGCUCCCUCGUUUUGUUUUCCUUUUCCAUGAAAUUGCCAAACACUGUAUCAGCAGCCUUCUUCAACUCUGUACAUAUAUGUGCACGUAUACUAUGAGGAAUUAUUUACCUCUCUCUCAUACGUGUGAUGCUAGCAAGGCGCAACUUCAAAUUCUUAUUAGGUGACCUUCAAUGCCUGGAGAAGGCAUCCCUAAGGGGAUUUGGUAAAUUAGGCAGGUCAUCGUCUGACAUGAAAGCAGUUAUAAUCAGAGCCUAACAGGUGCACUCCAUCUGUAAAGCAAAAAGCACGCUUUGCCCCUGUUUCCGAGAGAUCAGCCCGAGGCUUUUUUGCUGCGGGGGAGUGCGGUUAAGGCCGACUGCUGCGUUGCGGUUUCCUGCGGCAAAGAAAAUUCUCGAGAGUUGAAAGGGUGGACUUCUACCUCUUUUUUAUUCAAGAAAUGGAUGUUUGUGGAGUAAGUUACAAAUUACUUGCUUCUGAAAGGAUGUAUUGAGAUAAACAUCAUUUUUUCA